CAUAAAACCCAAUAGGAACGACGAAAGGGUACCCAAAAAGACUGAAGACUAUUUCAUCAUUUAUUCACAUUCUUCAAUCUUCAGCUAUAGACGAAGAAAAAAAGAAAAGAUGAAUCAAAACAUGAGCUCUUUGUUGAUCGGAAUAGUUGGAGCAGCAGUGACUUUAUCAGCAUAUUCGCAGACUUUCAUCUCCCCGACUCAGUGUGUCACUGUUGGUCUCCUCGUUCUCAUGUUUGGUUUGCUCGUCAGGGAAGGCCUCAUCUCUCUCUAAUCUUCUUUUUUUCUUCCAUGGAAUUGAGAAUCCCAGAUUUGCAGUUUGACUUGUUUCAAUCUUAUAUUAUGAUGUUCUUCUUUAGCAAGACUGAGAUUUAUAUAUAUAUAUACGUAUAUAUAUGUUGUAAUUCUGUAUUUCCUGCUUAAUUACUCCGUGAUCUACUUAUGCUGUUUAUUUAUACAUAUUAUAAGAUGAAACAUGCUUGAAUUCAUGGUAGUUUUUCAUUUAGUAAAUGAAAAACAUAUCUUGGUAAAAUUACCAUGAAGGACCUUAUACUACAAA